GGAAUUUCGCAGAAAAAGUAAUCGGCGAUCGUAGUUUUAAGAGCCUUGAAAAAUGGUCAUUUCCAUCACGAUUUUCCAACGAUUUUUCGUUACUACUAUAAUUAUAAUUACAAAAAAAACGUUUUUGUUUCCGUUCGAACGUUCGUCCGGUAUUCGCUUCGAUGGUGCGCACGCAAACUAGAGAAGAUGGCGCCACAUAUCGGUGACGAACGUCGCGCCAUUUUGUCACUGGAAACUGUAACUCUCGCUCGACUUGUUGCCAUCCGCAGGAAAUUUCGCUAGCGCAUAUGUCGCUUUGGAAGUCAAUCGGAGUCGGUCAAGUAGUGGCGCACGUUCACCAGGAAAACGUCAAGUUACGUCAGUACGGCGCGAGCCGCGAGCGCGUGGUCGCGACGUUUGCAUAACCUACGAAUGACGGAUCGUCGUAGUUGGUCGUAGUCGUAGAAACUUGAGAGCUGCGGGUGGUAGAAUGUCGAGUGCGAGGUCGCGGAAGGUGGGCGGUCCAUGGAAGAAGAAUUUGUACGAGAACCGUGGCUUGCCGGACAAUUACACGGACAAUUCGUUUCUGGAAGAGUUGCGGAAGAACAUAAAGCCGAACGGCGUGAGUGCGAGGGGAGCGAUCGGGCUCGGGGCGAGCAUUUCGAUCCAGUUGAGCAUCGUAAUUCUCUUCGUGAUAAUCUUCAUUUGGCUGAAUCAAGAGUGGACAACACCGAAAAUAAUAUUCAGCUCGAGCGCGAUAUUGACAGUGGUCGGUUAUAUUUUUCACACGAUAUCGACGCUCUCCGACGUGCCUGACCGAGUUUCAAAGGAUCUGAGAACGGCUCUCAUAUUUCUCGCCUUCGGUUACAUCCUUUCGCCGAUUUUAAAAACGCUCACCGAAACCGUCAGCACCGACACGAUCUACGCGAUGACUAUUUUCAUGUUUCUCCUCCAUCUUAUCUUCAGUAAAUACGGUUCGCCCCAGGUCUCCCUUUCGGACUCCCUGGCGAUAACUUCCUCGAUUUUUGGCUCCCUCAUGCUCGCCUCCAGACUCGCAUCCCCCCUCCACGCCUUUUCCCUCCUAACCGUCGCCGUUCAAGCUUUUGUUCUUUUACCGUUUUUACUCGCUCGCAACACCAACAAAAUCGCAGUUUCCCUCGUACUUGCAGCGAGCACUCUUUACCUUUUGAUCCUCGUUUCCUCGAUUCUCGCCUCUCUCUACAUCGCUGUCACCCUUUUCGUACAUCUUAUUUGUCCCUUGUGGUACAUCCGCUGGCAAAAGUACAAGGAAAACAUCUACGGACCCUGGGACGAAGCCGUUCUCGCCCGGCCCAUCCUCCAACCUCCAAACGCCAGGACACGCUGAUUCGCUUCCAUAAACUGCGAUUGUCGUAUCAGAUGAACAAUUUUCUCCAUAUCAUUCGACCGUAUUUAUUGUAUCGAAAUAAAAAUCAUCAACCAAA